UUCUUUGCCAAAAGCGGCCUCAUCAGCCACACCCUCCCCGGCUCACGUGCAGUUGUGCGGGAAGCGGAGCCUCCUCGCGGCAGUCAGCGCUCUGGACGACUGCUCAUGCAUGCCUGUCCGUCCGACGGCAAAAGAGCGAGCGCUCGCAGCAUCAGCAACACACAAAGGAGGUCGAGAGCUGCGCGUGAAUGGGGAGAGCCGCGGGUUACCAGACACUUAGAAACACCUCAUCAGUCUUAAGAUCUCCAAGAGAGGAGACGACAGGGCAAAUUCCAGCCUUUCCGACGUCUCUUUGGGAGGAAAAAGAAGAGGGAGGGCACUUCUGAGCGGGGCUUUGCCGAAGCUGAGCUCAAGCCCAGUCACUCAGUGGGGGACGUAUGCAAUGGGGUGGUCUCAGAUGAUGAAGAAGCAAACCAGCAUCUGAGGGAAGCGAAUCCCUUGGGGUCUCGAGCGUUGUCACAUGACAGUAUCUUCAUCCCUGAGGACUCGUCUGAGAAGCCCAACACAGAGCAAAGCAUGUCUCAGGAGAAUGUCUCGGAUAAGGUCCGCAGCCUGCAGAGGCAGAUAGCGCAAAGUAUCAAGUUUGGCCAGAAACCUCCGUCAGUGAGAAAGAGUGAGGGUGAUGAAGGCAGUUCCGAUGAAGAGGAGGUCCCUAGAAGCCCCCUGAAGGUGAUGGCACAGGUGGAAACUGAGCCUGCUGAUGAUGUUGAACCCCAGGCUGCUGCUGCCCAUGCAACGCCUGUGAAGUCACCUCGUUCCAAGCGUGUUCUUCCGCCAGAGGGCACAAUCGAAUCAAUCAAUCUGGAUGCCGUCCCCCAGUCCGGUCCUCGCCUGGACAACGCAGCAGCAAAACACAAGCUCUCUGUCAAGCCCAAAAACCAGAGAGUGUCCAGAAAGCACCGCAGGUUCACCCAGGAGCUUCAAGAAAUUGACCUUCCGGGCAUCUUGCAGGAAGAAACUGAUGCACAGGGAACUGUAGAGGAGCAUAGUGGGCCCCCAGAGCACUCCAAGAAGCAGAAGCUCCAGGACGAUGAGCGAGACCAGCUGGAACUCAGGCGAAAGAGGGAGCAGGAAGAAGAAAUACUGAGAGAGGAAGAGAGGAAGAGGGCAGAGGAGCUGAGGCUGGCACAGGAGAGACGCCUCAGGGUAGAAGAGGAACAGAGGAAAAGAGAGGAGGAGGAGGAGGAUGAGAGACGGAAGAGAGAAGAAGAAAGGAGGAAACGAGAGGAGGAGGAAAGGGUGAGAAGAGAGCUGGAGGAGAAGAGGAGACAGGAGGAUAAGGAACGCAGAUUCAGAGAGGAGCAAGAGAGGAAGAUGAGAGAAGAAGAAGAACGAAAGAGGAGAGAGGAGGUGAGGAAGAGGGAGGAGGAGGAGGAAAGGAGGCGCCUGGAAGCUGAGCGUCUACGCCUGGAAGAGGAGAGGAGAAUCAGAGUAGCGGAGGAGGCGGCAAGGAAAGAAAGGGAGGAGGCUGAAAAACGAAGACUACGCGAACUAGAGGAGAAACGAAGGAGAGAGGAGGAGCAGGAACGACUGCGCGAGAAAGAGCGAAGACGACAAGAGGAAAUGGAGGCAGAGAGAAAACAACAGGCCAAAGAAGAGGAAAGGCGGAGGAAGGAGGAGGAAGAGAAAGAGAAGAAAAGACAGCUGGAAGAACGGGAGAAAGCCCUCGGGGGAGGAGAGAUAGAGUGGAAGAGGAAGGCCGAGGAGAUGCGAUGGAAAGAGAUGGAGGAGCGACAGCCCUUCACCUUCAAAGUCUCCUCCGGGGAGAAGCAGAUUUUGUUCCAGAAGGUCAAUCUGACACCGGUGACUCCAGGCACAGCCCAGCAGGCCUCUGGCUCCUCUGAAACAGGAGAGGGAGCUAAAACUUCAUCAUCAGCAGGUGCCGACUCGCCGACUCGCUCCUCAAUAUACGUGCCCCAUACAGCCAUCCUUGUCACUGGUGCCCAGUUGUGCGGGACUGCCGUCAAUUUAGACCAGAUCAAGGACACUGCCUGUAAGUCACUACUGGGCUUGGGUGAGGACAAGAAGGCCUUGGGGGCACCAACAAAGACCAAGACCUCUCCGGAUCGUAAAUCUGGGAAAACGAAAUCCCUCAAUUUGUCUUCUGCCCCAUCAGAUCAAUCCAGCGCCGCUGUGCUGGCAGAAUGGGCAAGCAUCCGAUCCAAGAUCUUUAAAGUUGUGGAAGAGGGGAAAUAUGAGGAGUAUCCAGAGCCCACGCAGAGCAGGAAGGAGGACCAGGGCUGGCCCCCGAGCGAGGACCCCGAUGAAUCGCCGUUCCCCCACCCCAACCUCAGAAAGGCUCUGUCCGCCAGCGCCAAGUUCUCCAUCACCCCCGCACGGAAGAAGUUCGGAGACUCCAACAGGAACUCCGAGAUCCUUUAUCCAGAUGAGCGAGAUGACAGGAGGGCCGAGUCUGUGUCUCCGGAACCGUCUCAGCCCGGCCCAUCACCCACCUUCUCCUCUUCAAAGGCCCAAACCAAGGGUACCAAAAGUGUCCGAAUCUCAGACAGCUCGGAGGAAUGCAUGUUUGCCAAAGACCUGCCUUCCUUCCUUGUCCCCAGUUCAAGCCAGGGAUCCCCUGUACCCCAAUCGCCCGAUGCAGAACUCCCGAAUCAAACUGACUCUGACACCUCCAGCUUGGACCCCAGAGACGAGGGUGAGCAGAGGGAGCUGGGAGGUGACGAGCGGCCAUCUCCAUUCGGGAUCAAGUUGAGAAGGACCAACUUCUCUCUCCGCUUCCACAACGACCAAUCCACCGAGAAGAGGAAGAAGAGGUACAGUGCAGGCGACUGUUUUGAUGGUGUCCCCGGACCCCUCACCCCGAUGGACGCGGAGGCAGUCUCCCCUGUGUUCUCUGACCGAGCCAGCCCCGCGUCCCCUCUCAGAGAGAAUGUUGUUUUCAAGUCUGCAACAUCACCAAGUGUCGGUUCUCAGAUGAAACCCAGCAGAUCCCCAGUGUCGUCGGUGUGUAGCGAUAGCGAGCGGUUCAGCCCCAAACCCCCUGUUUAUCAGAAACCCGGCACAGUCCUCAAACCCUCAGAUGGGGCCACCCCUCCACACUCCCCGCUCCCCAAACUGGGCAGGAUGUCCCCUGCUGGGGACACAGGGGAACAGCGGAAAGGAUCACCACAAAUGUUCUCCGAUGACGAACGGGGUUCCGUAAAGGACGAUGAAGCAUCAACUUCAUCCCUCUCACCAAGGAUCAGCCCCGGGGAAGAGGAAACAAAAGAAAAGAAAUCGUUCUUUCCCUCCAUCAGUAUCCCAUGGAGAGAGAAAACUGACAGGAAGGCAGAGCUUAUCCGAAAAGAGAAGCCGUCCCUGCAGAGCAGACACUCUCUGGACAGCUCCAAGGUGCAGGACAAGGACAAGGAGGCCGGCCCUCUGUGGAUCACUCUGGCCCUGCAGAAACAGAAGGGCUUCAGGGAGCAGCAGCAGACCAGAGAGGAACGCAAAGUCCUACGGGAGGCCAAGCUGGCAGAAAAACAGGCCCGAGAGAGAGACAGCAGCGUGCUCAGUCCAACAGAGGGUAAGGGGAGUGGAAAUUCAACGCCCCCUAAACCACAGACCCCUGAUGAGGGAAAGAGACCUGAUAGUCUCCUCGGGCGGUUUGAACGCCGCGAAAACCUGAAAAAAGCUAACACCUUGCCCAGCUCCGUCACUGUUGAAAUCACAGACUCAACUCCGUCCCCGCCGGCAGUAAAGGAGGUCUCAAAGCGCUUCCCCCCUGGCGACUCGCAGCAGGUGUCCACUGAGCCUGCUUGGCUGGCCCUGGCCAAGCGCAAGGCCAAAGCCUGGAGUGACUGCCCGCAGAUCAUCAAGUGACCCACCAGACUUGAACUCUGACCUCUGCCACAAAGCAAAUAAGACCACCACACAACAAAAACACACAUAUGAUGCACACAUACUCUACACACACACACACACAAUGUACACACACACACACUCUUCACUUAGGCCCCAUCGUCAUGCGAUCCUGGGACGAUGGCCUCAGGUCACUUUUGCCACCUUCAUGCUCGCCAAAUAAUGACACAAGCUACGUUUUUCCAGAGGUACAUUCCACCUGGCGAAUGUCCACAGAAGAUCAUGACAGCUGUUAUAUCACUGCUGUUGUUACAGCAUUAUUCCAGUUAUUACAGUUAACCCGGCUAACCAAGAACACCAGUGUGUCAUUGGAAAGUGCCAUCAAAAUUUCUUUUGGAGUUCAUGUGAAUUUUUGCCUUAUCGAGUGUAUGUUCAUACUCUUGACGUAAAAUUUAGGUAUUGUCGAUAAUUGCAUCUAGCCGGUUGUUCAUUUUGUAGUAAUUGGAAUUCAGAUUCAGUAGAUUUGAAAGAGUGAAGAAAUAGAUAGGAGUAGAAUACAGGGUAAAAAACGUGGAUAUUUGCUGGGCAUGUUUACUGAAAGGAGAUUCCUUUUGCUGGACACUACAUACAAUUAUUCUUCAUUCUUCCACAGAGGAUAUCGUAUAUAGACAUACUUACACGUACAUACAGUUUAUUGAUAUGGUUAAAGAACUAUAAUCAGUAUCCAGCAGCCAAUCAGCUGCUCGCAAGCACUGAUGAGCCAACCAUAUACCCAUUAACGCUUCAAUAGCCAAUCACAGCCCAGCGACUUCACCACAAAUAAUAAGGAUAUCUUCUCAUUUUGUAAAUACAUGACGCAUGUUCACAUAUUUCAGACUUUGUUCACAUUCUGUAAAGUUUUACAUCUGUUUACCAAUAUGUAGCGUAAUAUAAUGACAUCAUGGGGGAUUCUUUUGGGAACUGUGUUUUAAGGGCUAACUAUAUCACAUGUAGUGAAAACCUCUUGCAUCAUUCUCUAACUGUGCAACGUGCAUGAAAAUAAAUGCCGGCUACUGUUUUGUAUGUUUUUUUAAAAUGAACAUUAUUACAUGGCCUUCACCUUUGUAAAUGUGUUGAAUCAACAGAAGGAAAGAAACAAACAGAAAAAAAUACACUUACAUCUAACAGCAUUACUAAGUAUGAUUCUCACUGUGUCCGUAACAACUGUGACUAGUGUUAUUGAAGCCUUGUGAAAUUCACCAUAAUGAUGCUUGGUCACCUUGUUAACUAAUGCAAGAACUUUAAAAGGGAAUCUGUCACUCAAUUAAGUUUCCUUGGCACCAUGACCAUGUCGAUGCACUGAAUCACAGCAUUUGAGGACCGACCCACUUCUUGCACAGUGUUUCUAUCACCGUGGCCCUUUCUCACCAUCGGGUUAAAACUGACUGCCUGCUUGUGGUAAUACACACACUGUUCUCCCUGUCGUAGAGUGUGCUAGCUGCUCUCAUACCAUGCUAUCACAAUGAGCCAGCGAUGAGAGAAACUAACUCACACACCCACAGACACCCACCCAGGGGGAGUGUUGGAGAGCACGGCAAUGAAGGUUGAUCAAACUGCUUUGAAGUAAUCUACGAGUUAACAGGACCUUGUUCUCUCAUCCCCCUCCACAACCUAAUUUAACAUUCUGUAUGUAUGUAGGUAUGUAUGUAUGUAUGUAUAGAGUUGGCUCUGAAGAAUAAUCCUCAAGAAGCGCAAUUGCUUUGUCCCUUUGUUUUCCCCCCUUUGGUUGUGUGCAAUAGUGUAGUGUAAACAGUGUUGUAUGUAUCAUGGAACAAACGACAACAAAAAAACUGGUUUGUUGAUAAUUGCACUUUUUGUUUCACUUAGAGCUACUGAUGAGAUGUCUCCUUAAGUGAUGCAAAUGUUAUGAAUUCUGUAGAGAAAAUUAAAAUAUAAUGUUGAAAUUUG